AUGCCGGAGCCGUCUUCUCGUCCCCUGCGCUGGAUAGAAUCCUCGAGCAUGGCUUCAGCGGAGAACAGCGAUCCAAACUCAACAACACAAGAUGAAUCGAAAGCGCGAGUGCGGCGACGGCAACGCCAGCGGAAAGGGCCUCCGCAAUUGCAGUUCGUCACUGCGACCGAUCCCUCCGACUUCAAGGGCGAGAAGGCAAAACGAAGCGUGCGUUCCCAGGCCAUGAUCCAAUACCGAUACCAGUCGGCAGCGCAGAAGAAGCAGAAGAAGGAGGGAACCCAAGGCAAAGGCGAGCCUGUGCAGACGGCCGAGCGCGUGGUGCCCGUUCCACGGAACGACGAGCCAUACGAUGCGGAGGACGACGCUCUCUUGUUGCCCAGGCGCGACUCCCACUCCAGUACCGAAGAGUGGUGGAGCACAUCGGAGCACGAUGCGGAUGGUGGUCCCUUGCGGACGCCAUACACUACGGCGCUGGCGUCGACACGCCCCUCUAGCCGCGGCAACAGAGUGAUGGCUAUACCGCUGAACCAAGCUGCGAAGCGCGUAGUCGAAUCGGAGGAAGAAAGAGAUGCGAUACUGCUUCAACUACUGGCCCGGAGAAUGGCAGCUUCAUGCAUUGGGAGCAGCAUGGACCCCUUCCUUGUCAUACCCAAGUUCAAAACCUCGGAGCUGGACUCGAACAAACUCGUCCGCAACUGCAAUCGCGUCUUUGUGUCAAAGCAAACCCUGGCCAGGUGGGUACCCGCCAUGCUUGCUCAUCCGCAUAUCCUCCUUAGUUCAACGAUCAUGUCAUCUACGUGGCGAGACAUGCUCGAUGGUAUGAAUGCAGAGAGUAGACGCACUAUUCUGGUCAAAGCCGAGAUCAUCACCUGGAUCAAUGAGCGCCUUCGGCACGCUGAUACCAUGUGUCGCGACGAUACAAUCAUGGUCAUCAUCCAUCUACUGAUGGGUGAGACCUGGAGUUGCAAUGAGAAGACACUUGCGAUCCACAUGUCAGGCAUGGCCCGGCUCAUGGCCGCUAGAGGGAAACUGGAGCUGCCUCCCACAUUCGACACGGUUGGUCUCGCCACUGCGAUCGUGUGUGGCCAUGUUCCCAUCAUUUGCGAAUCGGCUCCGCUCCCCCAGUUGUGUCGGUUUCAGGCACCCGAUUUCCCUGUCGAUCCAUCGAUGGCGCUGCCCGAGUCCCCGCUCUACAGCCCACGCGAGCAAAUGUAUUCUGUCGUUACCGACCCUGCAUGCUCUAAACAUACCUACAAUCUACUUUGCGACGUGCGAGACUUGACCGAUGUAUUCCUCGACUACAAUGACAAUCUGGCAACGAUUGUCGACGAGCAUGAUCACAACCGACUUCGGACUCUCUCAGUCGACUACGAUCUCAAAGUGGCCCAGUUUCGCACCAAAUUGGCGUCGAUGCCUUCCGCUUACACACCUGGCCUCCCGACUUCGAAUGAUUGGAUAUACGAAGCAUGUCGCAUAACAGCGCUGAUAUACAUGUCAGCACUCAUCACGGGCGUUCCAUUCUCUCAAGCGGCCGAUCCUACGCUAAACGCCGUCGUGCGCGAGGCGGCGUCCAUCUCCGAUGAGGGUUGGCCCACUAAACGCCUUACAGAGUCGCUCUACGAGGUUGUGGAGCGGACCAACACAGGCGAUUCAUGGAACAACAUGGUGGGCGUGUUCUACUGGGUUUGUGUAGUCGGAUCGGCCGCAGCGCGCACGUCCGCCAUCAUCUCCACGAACUCACGCCCGAGUGUACACAGUGAAGCGUACCCAACGUGGGUGAAGCGCUGCCUGACCAUGUUCUCGAGCCGCACCCUCGCGCUCAUGAUCUUCGAGCAUCCUCUGCCUCUACUGGUUACCCAGAAGAAGAUGCACAAGAUACAAGCGUUGGUUGGCAGGAACGCAUCGCAUCCACGAGUUUUUCAAGAGUAUUCAUAA